AUGGGAAGAGGAAGAGUAGAACUGAAGAGGAUAGAGAACAAGAUCAACAGACAAGUAACGUUUGCAAAACGUAGAAACGGUUUGUUGAAGAAAGCUUACGAAUUGUCUGUUCUCUGCGAUGCUGAGGUUGCUCUUAUCAUCUUCUCCAACAGAGGAAAGCUCUAUGAGUUUUGCAGCUCUUCUAACAUGCUCAAGACUUUAGAACGUUACCAGAAGUGCAGCUAUGGAUCCAUCGAAGUCAACAACAAACCUGCCAAAGAACUCGAGGUCAGAAAUCUUCUUGGGGAGGAUUUAGGACCUCUAGAUUCAAAGGAGUUAGAACAGCUUGAGCGUCAACUAGAUGGCUCUCUCAAGCAAGUUCGAUCCAUUAAGACACAGUACAUGCUUGAUCAGCUCUCUGAUCUUCAAAGCAAAGAGCAAAUGUUGCUUGAAACAAAUAGAGCUCUGGCAUUGAAGCUGGAUGAUAUGAUUGGUGUGAGAAGUCACCAGAUGGGAGGAGGAGGAUGGGAAGGUGGUGAACAGAAUGUUACCUACGCGCAUCAUCAAGCUCAGUCUCAAGGACUAUACCAGCCUCUUGAAUGCAAUCCAACUCUGCAAAUCGGGUAUGAUAACCCGGCAUGCUCGGAGCAGAUAACCGCGACAACGCAAGUUCAGGCGCAGCCCGGAAACGGUUACAUCCCAGGCUGGAUGCUCUGA